AUCUUUUUUGGGGGGUUAUUAUCUUUUAAAUGCACGAUUUAAGUUUAAAUUUAAUGUAAAACGUAACAAUGCAGACGGGGUUAUCUUAUUUUUGAAAGCACAUUCGUUUUUUAACCGCCUAGCGUUGGCCUAUAUCCUCAUUGAUUUCCGAAGAAAACAGUCCUCGUAUCAACACCACAGGGCCUCAGAAAUGAGCAGCACAACAGGAGACGAAAAACAAGGGAUCCAACUAGAUAUGUUUACAAGCAGUAACAAUGGUGCUGUGGGGCACACAUCGCAGAUUCCUGGACUGGGAAAUUAUGUUGACGGUGGUCCUGAAAAAAAAACCCAUGGACGUCGGACUGGCAUUCUUGAAUCCGAUUCUGAUUAUGUAAAACUGGCAAAACAAGGCGGGCAGAAAGGUUUAUUAUGGCAUGAGGAGAAAAAUUUAGAGACAAAGUCCAAGUUGCAUUACAUACCUCCAGACUGGUUUUCAUCAGAAUCUGGACCUCAAGAAAUUCAGAGUACAACUAAAAGAACAACUCCUGAUUACAUGACUUCUGAAGAAUUCAAGAAAAGUCCAAGUAAAGCAUCAUUGCAUCCUCUAGAUGCUCCCUUUGGAAGUGAUAGUAAAACACACUGGGAGCGGGAGCCCCAGGAUAAGAAGGCUGAAAUGAACCAUCCUGUAAUCCAGUUGGAGAACCCAUCUUUAACUACUGAAAAUUAUAAGGACGCAGGCAAAUAUAAGAAAGUGUCUUUUGACAAAAAAGAACCACCUGUUAGCAUGCAGAAGCUGCUGAGUUUUGGCUAUGCUGAUGAAUGGCAUGCUGUCAACACUGAAGCCCAGAAGGAUGAAGAAGAAUCAAGUGUUAACUCGGAACCACCAAGCUCUGUUGCAGCAGACCAGGACCUCUCUCAAUGUGACUGAGGACUGAGAAUGAAGCCUGUCAUAUUUUAAUAACAGACCAUUUGCUUUUCUGCUAUUGCAACACAAUGGUCUAAUUCCAUUUUUAUUUAUUGUUUUUUGUUCUUUUUUUAUUUACAAUUGUGGAUGAAAUUCAUCAUACUGAUUUUCUUAUCUGUUGAAACAUUGCUCUGUCUGUAUUUGUUGUUUUGCCUCUUGUAAAUUCUGAACAAAUAACUCAUUUAAAAUUUGGCUUUAUAAUUAUAUAUUUAUUAAUUUGAGAUGUGCUGUGAAAAUAGAUCUCAAAAUUAAUUUGGAUUAUUUUAUGUUAAAAAAAUACAUUAAUUCCAUUAUCUGACUUCAUAUUGGUCUCUAUCUGUGUGGUACCCAGUAGACCAUGACUCAGUGCUAUGACUGACUUCAGCUUACAGCUAUUACAAAUCAUUAGAACACUAAAAUGAUUAAACAAAAGCCUUGCAUAUGAGCUCUAGUAAUGCAAGUUUGAGAAAGAAGAUAACCCCCACCUUAUGUCAUGUUUUUCUUAAAUGCAAAAACAGAUGAUUCGUAUCUUCAUCGGUGUUGGGUAUCACUGCAUUCCCCACCAAAACCCUUCCAGCUGACUCUUGGCUUCAUUUAUGUGGUCACAUAGACAAAGGGCAUUCUGAAUACCCUCUCUUCAUGCCCAGACCCUUGUCCCUUAGCCAGAUAGCUUUGCGCUUCAAAGCAUAAAUGUACGUGCUUUGAAUAUAGGAGUCUUUGGUUUUAUGGUGCUGCGUUUUUCUUCAUACCUAUUCGAUAUAAAAGCAUUGUUUACAUUAGUAAUAUGUAGAAUAGAAUAUACUGUAGUAGUAAUAGAAGAAAAUGACAACGUGGAACAUUUACUUCAUCUUAAUUUGGCUUUAUUUUAAAGAGACAGCUGUAAAGGUUGUAAAAAUGUCUGAAAAUAAAUUGUAAGGCUAUAAAUAUCUGGUACUCGGAAACUAAAUAAUCUCAUGGAGUAUUAUUAUAAUGUCUAGCUGUACUAUAGGCCUAGUAAACAAUGUUUCAUAAGUAUUUUUUCCAUUAUUGCAAACUUUAUUUAGGCCACCUUAAUAAAAUACAGGUAAAGGCUUGCACUGCACUUACUGCAUUGAACCUUAAAGAAUGGAAUUUAGUUUUUGUUGUCAUUGGCCUUUAUACAUGUGAUAUUAUGCAAAUCUCCAGAAAGCUAAGUUAAAGUCGUAUUUUAAAACUAGCAAGUUAAAUUUGCAAGAUGAAGCUACUUUUACCGUGUAUUUUCAAUCAUAUUGUAUCCUUGGAACUGAGUCUGGAGAUGUUUCAGUGCAUGAAAAUAAAUUCAUGAAAAUGUAUUUGUUUAUGUGAUGUUUCUUUAAAAACAGUUGCCCUGAUUGAUGUUUCAAAAACUCCCAUUUUCACUCAGCAGCUAAAAUAAUUCCCAUCCCAAUUACAUUUUUGAUAUUGCUAUGAUUGCAUACUAGACAUAUUUACAACAGUAACUCCCAAUGAUGUUGCAUAUCUUUUGAUGUCUUCCAUGUUUGUUUUAUUUGAAUUCUAAAAUUUGCUUAUGUCCAAAUACCUUCCACGAAAUCCAACAAUAAACUUGCAUGUGCAUAACAUUUUAA